GCAGCAGCGGAUGCUCUCAGAGCGGAGAAAGCGCUGCAGCUGCAGGAGGAGAACUCAGUGUAACCAGCCGUCCUUCCUCCUCUUCCUCCUGAAGAAUAGACUCACUCUGGAGUUCAGGACAGAAGCUGAAACUUGUGGGUCCGGAGGACGAACUUUCGGCUCGGCAUGGCGUCUCUGCUGAACUCCGCCUGCCUCAUCUUCUUGCCUGUUGCUCUGCUUCUCAUGUUGAGUCCGUGUCCCGUUGCUGCCGCCUCAACCAGAAGGUGUCACUCCAUCUACAAAGGCUUCGCUCGCUGUCUGAUGGCUCUGGGUGACAGUUUGACCGACAACGCCCGCAAGGAGGAGGAAACCCACGAGAUCCACUCCAUCUGCAGGUCUUGGGAUGAGUUUCAUGACUGCGCCAACGUGGCGAUGGCUGGCUGUCCGGAGGAAGCGGCAGCCGUUUGGGAGUCUCUUCGCCAGGAAUCCAAGAAGAUGCAGUUCUCUGGAAACCUUUACGACAUGUGCUCCAACCGGAACAGCCACCCGGCGGACUCCAUCUCCCCCCACGGCUCCCUGAACCAGGAGGAGAUCAACCAGGAGUCUCUAAGAGGACGCGCGGAUCAUCCGGCAGCCUGCCUCCGCCCUCUGCUGCUACUGGCUCCUCUCCUACUGCUGCUCCUUUGGAUAUAGCCACCCUGAAGAAAUGUGACUAGUGUAAAUAGAUCAAACUUUGUGUAAUAUUCUCUUUCCCCAAGUCCAUAGACUUUCCUCUGCUUCUUCCUCUGCUCUGCCAGGGGUUGCAUAUUUCUAAUUGCAUGCUGAGAUGGCCUCACGGUCCUUUUGAUAACGCAUUUCUGAACUUCGGUUCCGUUUCAUGAAUAUUCUCUGCCGUUUAAUGAGUGUUUCUGUUGGAAAUUUGCUCUGUACUUCUGCAAACACAGUUUUAGAGACGCGCAGCGGAGCCACGUGUCUGUCUUUACGUCCUCACACUUUCGAAAUGCAGUCAUAGGUUUGCAUGUGAUGAUUCCAGGAGGACUUCAGGUUCCUAACUGUGGUCACAGAAAAUGUAACAACAAGUCACAAGCAAUACUGUCAGGAUUUAUGAUGCAUUCACUUGUCGAGAUUUUAGGAGAAAUUUGUGUUUCUGUCUUUAAAAGUUUAUUUUCUGAGCUCCGAAAACUGAUUGCAUUGAAGAUCGCUGUUUUUCACCAAAGUUUAAAACAAGUGAGAGCAAAUAUGUGUGUCCAACCACAGUUUAAAUAAAAAGUUGGUUAUUUGAAAUAAA